ACAGUAAAAAUGUAUUGCAAGACCUUAAUGGUGCUACUCGCUCUGCUGGCCCUGGCCAGUGGAGCCAUCAUGCCGCUGGGCCUCACUCCACAGCCGGAUGGACGCAUUGUGGGCGGCUCGCCGGCUGCAAUUGGCGCGCAUCCUUGGCAAGUUUCGCUGCAGCGUUCGGGCGCCCAUUUCUGUGGCGGCAGCUUGAUCAGCCGGAAUCUGGUGGUCUCCGCCGCCCACUGCCUGAUCAAAUCGACCGUGACAGUGGCCAAUUUGCGUGUGCGCGCUGGCUCCAAUUAUAGAUUCUUUGGCGGCACACUGAGCGCCGUGUCCGCCUACAAGGUACACGAGGCCUACAACAGCAGCGCAAAGAUGUACGACAUUGCUCUGGUGCGGCUGAAGACCAAGCUCAAGCUGGGCACCAAUAUCAACACCAUUCCAUUGGCCAGCAGCACGCCUCAACACGGCGCAGCGGCCACCUGCACCGGCUGGGGAUCGACUAGCUACCAGGGAGCCUCCUCCUCCACACUGCUGUACAUCAACACCCGCAUUGUGGGUCGCACGGAGUGCGCCAGCUCCAGCUAUGGCUAUGGCGGCACGAUCAGGGCGACCAUGUUGUGUGCGGCGUCUAGCAAUAAGGAUGCCUGCCAGGGUGACUCCGGCGGACCGCUCGUAUCGGGCGGCAAGCUGGUCGGCAUCGUGUCCUGGGGCAGAAACUGCGCCCUGCCCAACUAUCCGGGCGUCUAUGCCAAUGUGGCCGAGCUCAGCGCUUGGGUCGCCCAAGCACAGAAAACAAUUUAAUAUCAUUGAGAAACAAUUUAAGUCGUGACUAAUUUACUAUCAAAAGGUCAGCUCUAUAGUUUAUAACUAUUUCGUAUACUAAUAAUAAUAAAAGUCAAGAGAAUGCAGAAAUCAGGGCUCUCCAGCUAAAA